AUGCCUUCGGCUUCCAUGCAGCAAACCAGGCAGCACCGCUUGGAGCAGUUGACCACCCAACUAUUGUGGCGCCUGCAGCAGUCGUCUCCACACCACAGUUCAUCUGCCACCAACAUCAUCUUGCCAUCCUUACCGGAAGCUCUGCCAGAGCUACGUGCGCCGCAGCAGCCAAGAAGACUACUCCACGGGCUUGAAGAGAGUCAAGGCGCGCUUUACGAGAUCGGAGUGUCUGACGACGGCACGCUUGUUGGGCUUGCUGAUGAUGAGAUGGAGGAGAGUCUCAACAAUCUACGAGCCAUGGCUGCUUGUCUCGGCUGCGUUGUCGAGGUUCUGCGCAAAGAGAUAGUGGGUGACUGCGAGUGGCUCGAGAACGACCUCGUUGGCCGCAAAGAACGGAGAGUGCGGCGAAGCGGCUCAUUGUUUGUCGUGGAAGCCUUCGUGAAACCGUAUUUGCAGCCGGACAGUCCCGGUGCCUUUGCUGAACCUGACAGUGAGGCUGGGGAACGAGCACAACCUUCAGCGGCUGGCAAUGUCCCGGCAUCGCCCUCUACAGAACAGCUCCGUGUAACUUUGACAGGUCCGACGAUGUCCGGGAAGUCCACGUUGCUGGGGACUCUUACAACAUCAACUCUUGACAAUGGUCGUGGCAAAAGCCGCCUGAGCAUGCUGAAACACCGCCAUGAGAUUACGUCUGGCGUGACAAGCUCGGUCUCUCAAGAACUCAUCGGAUUCAGAGACACCAAUGACGGCACAUUGGAAGUGCUGAACUUCGCAAUCGAGAAUAUGGCGUCCUGGAUCGACGUCCACGUUGCAGCGCAUGGCAAUCGUGUCGUUUUCAUCUCAGACUCAGCUGGACAUCCACGAUACCGACGGACUACCGUCAGAGGCUUGGUUGGCUGGGACCCGCACUGGACGCUUUUAUGUAUCCCAGCCGACGACAUGGAAGACACAGCUGGGAAAUCCGGGAGUACGCAGACAAGCCAGCAGAACGUUGGCGCCAGUGUCCCGGACAUGGAUUUAUCUGGGGCACAGCUGGAUUUGUGCUUGAAGCUGCACCUACCGCUGGUCAUCGUCAUCACCAAGCUAGACCUUGCUUCGCGCUCUGGACUCAAGGGUAGCCUUUCAAAAGUAUUGGAUGCUGUGAAGGCCGCCGGGAAGCAGCCUGUCAUCUUAAAGAACCCGGCCGUCUCGGAGGUCGCUGAAGCCGAACUUCGGACUGUUGACAGUAUCGCGGUCGAGGCGGCAUACCAUGCUGCGCUUCCACUUCUGAAUGACCCUCUCGCCUCCGUGCCGAUUGUGCUCACAAGCGCCAUUCAAGGCGGGGGCAUUGGCAAUUUACAAGCGCUCCUGCACGAGCUACCUAUUAUUGGCACUCGACAAGACCAAAGACAAAGCUCCGGCUUCACGUUCCACAUCGAAGACAACUACCAGAAGGCCGCCGAAAUCGACAGCUUAGUCGUCUCAGGUCUGCUGCGCUCUGGCCAAAUCUCGGUUGGCGACGCCGGUACCCUUGGCCCUUUCUCCGUGCACGACAUCGAAGACAGCGAAGAUUCGGACGACCGGUCGGUGAGAAGGCCCUCAGCACAGCUCCCUACCUCGCGAUCCUUCCCUGGCGCUCUCCGCCACGGCCACCCCACGCUACCUCACUUCCAACUGCCCAACCAGGAAUGGCGACGAUUCAAAGUAAAGAGCAUCCGCAAUCUCCGGCUUCCGGUGCACACUUUAGCAGCGGAUCAAGUCGGCACCAUUGCUAUUGUGCCUGAGGAUUCCGGGGAGAGGGCAGGUUCUACUGCUUCGUUCGGCAGGAUACGGAAGGGUAUGGUGUUGACUGCAGUGCAGCCUCGGGCUACUCGGUCUUUUGACGCCCAGUUCGCUCGUGAGGAUCUGGAGGCGCUGGCGGUGGGCAAUCACGUGGUGGUGUAUGUCUGUAGCGUGAGGGCGUCGGCCAAAGUCGUCUCUGCCCGAGCUCCGGACAGUCCUGAUGGAUCGGCAGGGCAGUCGAAUGGGCACGGAGCUUUUGAUAGUGGAGAACUCGGCGUCGCGCUGGGUGCGAUGGAGACUGAUGGGCAGAGCGAGAAAGUUGCUGGCUUGAUUACUGCCCCAACUUUGGUCGUUACAUUCAGCUUCGACGCUUCGAAAGAGUACGUCGAGCUUGGAUCCCAGGUUCUGGUCAUGCCCGGUGGUGGGCCAGGGCUAUUCGGAGGACAUGGACGAGGAGAGAAAGGUUUUGCCAGCUUAGAUGGGUUUGUUGGGAAGAUCGUGAAUGUGUAUCCGUAG